ACAAUCCAUACCAUGUCAUUAACUAACCUGACUGAUAUAUACAUAUUUAUAUAUUUUAUCAGCGAUUCUAUCUGUCGAUGAGGAGUUGAGUUGUUUAUUCCUUGUCUUUUGGAUCUGAAUUCCAAUCAAAAUGCUUAGUUUAGUCACCAUUUUUGGGUUGCUAGGGAACAUAACAACAGGUCUGGUUUACCUUGCUCCAGUGAAAACGUUUUGGCACAUCGUACAACGUAGAUCGACCGAAGAAUUCGAGAGUCUUCCGUAUGUGGUGAAGCUAUUAAAUGGUUACAUGUGGGUUUAUUAUGGAGUUGUGAAGCCUAAUAGUAUUCUGGUAGCCACUGUUAAUGGCUUUGGUGCUGUCCUUGAGCUUGUAUAUGUCAUCAUCUUCCUAAUUUUUGCACCUCCCAGAGCGAGAGCCAUAACUGCCGUACUUUUUGGUGUUUUGGAUGUGGUGUUGCCAAUAGCAGCUGUUUUGAUAACUCAGCUGUCCUGUAAUAGAGAAAUGCAGAUAACUAUUGCAGGCUUCUUGUCUCUGCUUUUCAGUGUACUUACCUAUGGUUCACCUCUUUCUAUCAUGAAAACAGUAGUGAGAACAAAGAGUGUGGACUACAUGCCUUUCCUCCUAUCUUUCAUCCUUUUCAUCAAUGGACUAACUUGGACUGUCUAUGCUGUGCUUACUAGAGACUGGUUUAUUGGAAUACCAAAUGGGAGUGGAUUUGUGCUUGGAACAGCUCAGUUGGUACUCUAUGCAAUGUACUGGAAACCUGAGAAAUCAAAGAGAACUUCAUCUGAUGAUGGAUGCCAAACUGAGAACCUCAUAGCCCAUUCUGCUCCACUGUUAGACAAAAAUGAGAGCAGAGCUGAGGCUUAAUUUCAUUUAGCUUCUUAACGAAAAUAACAAUCCCAAAAUGCAGGGUUUUCCACUUAAUCAAAAUGCAUUUUCCAUUCCAUUUUCAGUGUCAUGUUUGUGUAUUUUAUCAUUAUUAUAAUUAUUUUUGAGAUA